GUUUCCUAAACAUCCGCCGCAAGCCCGAGGGUUAUGAAAGCAUGAGUAGCUUACACCGUUCAGUCUUCGCCAUAGGACAUUAACGUACUGAUGGCCUAGUUUUCAUGGCUUAUUUAGCACCUCGACUUGGAAUAUCACGCAUCUUCCCGCACCGUGUGGCUGUUUUCAGACUCCUUUGCACAGUAGGAAUGGAAGACAUGGGUUUGGCUGUGGGUCGUUCCGCUUUAGAGCGGCUCGACUUUGACAACGUCGUCCUAAAGAAACUUCCCAUCGACCCGUCCGAGGAGCCGGGUGUGAGGCUGGUGAAAGGAGCGUGCUUCUCUCGGGUCAAGCCCGAGCCUUUGAAAAAUCCCCGCUUCGUGGCCGUUUCUCAUGAAGCCCUGGCGCUGCUGGGGCUGGACGGAGACCAAGUCCUCAACGAUCCUCUCGGACCAGAGUACCUGAGCGGAUCAAAAGUCAUGCCUGGAUCCGAACCCGCGGCUCACUGUUACUGCGGUCACCAGUUCGGGCAGUUUGCCGGGCAGCUGGGGGAUGGAGCUGCCUGUUACCUCGGAGAAGUGAAGAUUCCUCCAGGACAGAAUCCAGAGUUACUCCGAGAAAAUCCAAGCGGGCGGUGGGAGAUCCAGGUAAAAGGAGCUGGACUCACUCCCUAUUCAAGAAAAGCUGAUGGCCGAAAAGUCCUGCGAUCAAGUAUAAGAGAAUUCCUGUGCAGUGAGGCAAUGUUCUUCCUCGGCAUUCCCACCACCAGAGCCGGCUCUGUUGUCACCUCCGACAGUAAGGUCAUAAGGGAUGUGUACUACAGUGGAAAUCCCUGUUAUGAGAGAUGCUCAGUUGUCCUCCGCAUUGCCCCUACCUUCCUCAGGUUUGGAUCCUUUGAGAUCUUCAAGCCAGCUGACGAGUUCACUGGACGCCAGGGUCCCAGUUAUGGACAAGAGGAGAUCCGUGGUCAGAUGUUGGACUAUGUCAUCGGAAUGUUUUAUCCUGAAAUUCAACAGAACUUUCCAGACCAGGUGGAGAGAAACGUGGCUUUCUUCAGGGAGCUGAUGUGUCGUACGGCUCGACUCGUGGCUCAGUGGCAGUGUGUGGGAUUCUGUCAUGGAGUCCUGAACACUGACAAUAUGAGUGUGUUGGGUCUCACUCUAGACUAUGGUCCAUAUGGCUUCAUGGACAGGUUUGAUCCGGAUUUUAUUUGCAAUGCAUCAGACAACUCUGGCCGAUAUUCAUACAAGGCCCAGCCGGCUAUCUGCAGGUGGAACCUGGUGAAGCUGGCAGAGGCUCUGGCUCCAGAGCUGCCAACGGAUCGGGCUAAGGCAGUGAUCGAUGAAUACCUGGAUCAGUUCAAUCGCUACUACCUGGAAAACAUGAGGAAAAAACUAGGCUUGCUUAAAAAGGAGGAGCCUGAGGAUGAAAUCCUGAUCACAGAGCUGCUACGCACUAUGCAUGAUACAGGUGCUGACUUUACGAACACCUUCCGCAGCUUAGCUCAGAUUUCCUGUUCACCAGAGGGAGAAACGGAGCAAGAUGAGGAGAUUGUUAAGAAAGCCACAGAACUCCUUCUUGAGCAGUGUGCCUCUUUAGACGAGCUAAAGUCAGCAAACACUCCCACAAUGGAUCCCCGUGAGUUGGCAAUGCUGCUCUCUAUGGCUGAGAGCAACCCCGCUCUGUUUGAGAUGAUCUCAGACAGGGCGACCAUAGCAAAGCAGCUGGACAGAAUGAGCAAACUGAAAGUCCUGAUGGAGACGAGUCAGGAGGAGCUGAGAGGCAGGCAAGCUCAGGAGUGGACUUCCUGGAUUAAACUCUAUAGGAAACGCCUGGCUCUUGAGCUGGAGGGUCAGAGUGACGCGUUGGCUGUACAGGAAGAGAGGGUGAGGGUGAUGAACAGCACUAACCCUCGUGUGGUGCUCAGAAACUACAUUGCCCAGAAUGCAAUAGAGGCUGCAGAGAAUGGGGACUUUUCUGAGGUCCAACGGGUCCUCAAGGUCCUUGAGAAACCAUUCUCUUCUCAACCAGGGCUGGAGCUUCCUGCGUGGGUGGGUUCGCAUGGGAGCACCGCGCAGGGGGAAAGGGAUGAAGGAGAGGAGCAGCAGCAGCAGGGAGCCUCUGCAUCACCAACAGCUAUAGACCCUGUGCCAUAUGACAGCAAGCCCCCAGCAUGGGCACGCCAAAUCUGCGUCACAUGAUCUUCGUAAACGCUUCCUUAUUGCUGCCAUGCCUGAAAGAACAAAAAAGUUGGAAGUUGUUGAUUGAUUUAUAUCUUUACUUCUAUGUCCCUCUCCUGAUUUAGUCAAUGUCCAACUUUCUUUUUUGUUUAGCUCUGGCAGGGCAGCAUUGAGGGAGUAGUGACCCUUCACAGAUUAGCACGAUGACACAAAACAGAUAGGGGUUAAGAGAUGACUCGCUUCUUCCAUUGCUUACAGUUUCCAAAUUUAAAGUGCUCUGUUUUUAUUUUAAAACAUUUAAUAAUGAAGAUAAAAAGACAUGUUCAGAUUCAAUCAUGGAUCUGAAGGUUCCAGAAGGAAAAGUCUUUCGAAUGCAUUUGUUUGAAGGGAUUUUCAACUUUACAGAAACCAAACUUGGCUCACCUCCACCUUAUCUGUUCAGUGUCACUUCUGCUAUUUAUGAUGAUUCAGGCAACAAGUCCCAAGGUGACCUGCCUGCCUCUGACAAACUGUGGGUUGUCACUUCUAAUGUACACCAAAUAUGCAGACUGUAAGUUUAAAAGGGAGUGUUUGCAGUGGAAAGAAACACGCACAACUAAUUCUUCUUUAAAGAAAUUAUUUUCCAGCAAUGGGGCUCAGACUGUUAUUUUCUUUUUCUUAAUUUCUUCACUCAGGCAAGUUUCAAUGAUGAAUAUCAAACCUGGAUAUAACUGUUUACUUAUAGUAAAUACCCAUGUUUGCUACACAAAAUAAGAUGCAAUAGGAAAUAUAACUUUUGUCCAUAUGUAAAUAACAUGUAGAAAUAAGCUCUUCAUCUGUUAGAACCAGUUGUUACUAAACAGCUUUUAGUAGACUGUUUGAUAGAUUUUAGCCU